AUGUUCAGAAGUUUGCCGUUUGAGAAAGCCCUAACUUCCACCUUAGUCAACUCUAAACAAAAUGGCACGUCAACGCAUGCAAAGCGGGAACAACUUCUGGAAGACCUCAAAGCAGCGUCAAAACUUUUACUAGAAGAGGCAGCGUCAAGAAACUCUGUUUCAGAAGAUAGCACCCUCGUGACAAAAUUCUGUGAGCAAGUGGACAAUUGCCUACGUCAUGGGCUACGCGAAACGGCACCGUUGUUCCCUCGAGACGCAGCGGUGAAUACGACUGUGCUGCUGCGCAAGUUGCGCUCAAAGAGCCCGGAAAUUGCCAGUUGGCUAGACGAGUUGGAAGAAAAAGGAAACGGAGGCAAGCGUAGUCCGCAUCUGAAAGCAUCCACCAACAAUCGCAUGAAGUCUCCGCUUCGCUUCGCAUGGAUUAAUUCAUUUAGCAGCAAUUCACUGUCUGGACCACAGUGGGUGCGCGUAGCACUAAUAUCCAAUAUGCUGUACACCAUUGUGCUAACUGUUGUCCAAGAAGGAAAAGACUGGUUCCAUCCACAAUCGAUAGUUACUCAUAAAAGCGACGCCGAAAUUCUAUUGUCGCUCAUUGAAGGACCUUGUGCCCUCAGUUACGUCACCCCAACGGUAUACGAUCCUUCGUGGUCAGCACUGCCAGCAGACGAGUUGUUGCAACGGUGCCGCUUCAUAGCAGCAUCAACUUCACAUCACCGAACUCUAUCUUAUUACAACCAAACCCGGAGGCGAAAUCCACUCUUGACUACAAGUCACAACCCUCGGCUUCUCAAAGCCAAUGUCGGAACAGAGGUCUCCAUUUUACCCACCACUGAGCGACCCACCUUUUGUGUACAGUCACGGGUCUCCAGCUCACCUGCGGCCUCCACGAAUUGUGGCAGCGAUGAUGACUGUUUUGAUGGAGUGUACAAGCCGAGAAGGCAUAAUUUGCUCUAUGCGAAAAACAAUGUCACAUUGGGUGAUACGCAUACAGCUACUGGAUAUCUGGCCAUGUACGGUAGCGCUUCUGGUCUGAGCAUUCGAUGGACGUCGAAUGAAUUACUGCUUUACGCCACGACCCUAUCCAUGGUAUCGAAUGACCAAAGUAAUUGUGGCGUCUUCGAAUCCGAUCAGGAAAUCGAUGAUAUGAGCAAGAACCGAGCAUCCUCCUCCACUGAACUCCAAUCAAUUGACCGAAAAGAGAUUGCGGAAUCCCCCAAUCUGGCAACAUCGGUUAUGAAUGAGCCAAGCAAUCUACGAUUUUGUAACGAAAAAGAUGUUCGUCUGCAAGACAAGCAAGCACGAAAAUGUGCUCUCAAUGUCCGUCGGCUGGUUCACCUACCAUCCCUGGAGAUUCCAUUGUCAGACGUGGAUUACAUUCAUUGCCAUCGAGAGAACCGAGGAAUCAGCUUUGUUUUUGUUGCCAAAGACGGAGUGCAGUGUCCGCAGUUGAAAAUCCCUGGCAGCCCUAGAGCGAGCGUGGAAUUUCUAUCCAUGUUAGAACAGGGACUCUCACCGACAGCAAGUUUGAGCCCCACUGUGGACAGUGUCAAAGAUGCAAUCUUUCCAUCCCAUGAUAAUGAAUCACUUAGUACUGGCCCUCAACUGAUGCACAUUUCGUCUCCUGUGAGCCCCAUCUCUCCUCAGUCAAUUAAAGAUGGGAAAUUCGGUAGACUGAUGAAUUUACGUAUCCUGAAAUCAAGUCCAUUCCGUUCUAACUCCAGUGACACAGCAAUGGAUAUAGCAAGACAGACAUCCAAACUCACCAACCCAAAAAAUUCGGGUAGUGUAGACGGAACAGUUGUCUUACUGGCCCUUGGACAGGGCGAUUUGGAAGCAAACCAAGACGAGAUGGUGGAUCACACCAUGGGAGCAAACAAAUACUCGCAAUACUUCAACUUCGUGUUUCGAAUCGUGCGUAAUGUGUCCUUAGAUGACAGAGAGGAGAAAUCAGAUCAUUUGGCAGAAGCGAUGAGCAAAAUGGACACUUACAGCCCCGAUUUUGUGACUGAAAAGGAAGCGUUAUCGACGACCGUGGAAGCGAUAAAAUUGAAAUUGUUAUCCAGAUCAUUCUAUGCUUGGCGUUCAGUAGCGAGCUCUCUAAAGAUGCUGAGGGCACAACUAGCAGACGUGAUUGGAUGUCCGACGCAGACUCUUGAAGAGCUGGAAGAUAUGACCCACGGUUUAACAAAAGCUGUCUGGGACAAACUUUUUGGCACACACCUGGAAAUGGAACGAUCGUCCAUCGAUCCGAGGAGGAUUUACCAGUACGUGUAUCUUGGAGGAUGCAGCGAUGCUCUUCGAUUGCAGGUUUGGCCUUAUUUGCUACAGGUAUUCGAUUGGUCCAUGUCCGAAGAUGAGAAGGAGAGCAAGUUAAAGCAACUGAGUACACACUAUCGCAAUAUGAGGUCGCAGUGGUUGGAAAUAGAACAUUCGCUCACGUUGCACGCAUCGCAAGAAAUUAGUAGUGAUUUGCACUCGGCAUGUGACAAUUGCAGCGGCGUUGAAUUUAACAACCUUGAAGUCGAGAUGGCCCCAGAGGAGGACACACAAACCGACGGGAGCGAUGCGCGUGUACAAUUUAGCCGUAUAAUGGAAGUGGUUCACAAAGAUGUCGUCCGGUGCGAUCGGAACAACACAUUAUUUUCUAAUAACUAUUCACGCGGUAGCGAUAACCUUCACAUACUGAGGCGCGUGGUGCUCACCUAUCUGUGGGAGCACUUGGAGGACGGAUACACUCAAGGCAUGUGCGACAUUGUUGCACCCAUUUUGGCUUUGAUAUCCUCAGGCUGCACCGACCAGGAUAUUGUUGAAGAAACCACAUACAUCUACUUCCACCAUCUGCUGCAAACGUAUUCUGGCAAACUCUUCACUGUCGCCUACGGCAGUUCAGAGAUGGAUCGUAAUUUCUCUACACUAAAAACUUUAAUUCAGGCGACCGACCCAGAACUGGCUACCUAUUUUCAGAGUACAGGAAAUUUUGCAAAUUUAUACUUUUGCUAUCGAUGGUUCUUGCUGAACUUCAAACGAGAGUUCAAAUACACCGAAAUAUUUCGUGUUUGGGAGACUGAGAUGGCCGCUAAACCUUUGGUGUCGCAGCGAUUCGAAUUUUUCGUCGCGUUGGCGCUCAUUCAAACAUACAGAGAAGUGAUCAUUCACGCACACAUGGAAUUUACUGAUAUCUUAAAGUUUUUCAGCGAAAGAGCCGAAAAACAUGAUGUGAACAAAAUCUUGGCGCUCUCACGCGCUUUUGUCACGGAGGUACGUCAUCUGCUGCACUGA